UGUCCCUCUCUCUUUCUCUCUCUAACUAAAACUGUGUGUGUUUUAGUGAGAGAAUUCAACACACUGACAAAAUUUCAACUCCACACAAUUCAUUUGUCUUACUGAUCUAUUUUCCGUUAUAAGUAGCAAAAUAAGUAACGGCAGUUUGACUUACCGGAAUGGAAGACGGCAGCGGCGGCGGAGGUAGCCGGAGUUUGAGACAAGUGUUCGCCGGAGAAAGUAACUCAUCAACGGCCGGGAUAACAUUAGGCGGAAUAUUAUCGAUAAAACAAACGCCGCCGUACCGGAUUCAUGACCGGACACUUCUAGAUCUAAUCCGUGAUGAUCAGACUUACGGAAACCAUGAAUCGAAGAAGAAAUGGAAGAUUUUCCGGGAGAAACUCCGGUUAAGACUCGCCGGAACCGUUUGUACAACUACCGCACCUACACUCGCUUCACAUAUCACAUUAACCGCCGCCGAAAACCGUACGGCGCGUGCGGAGCAAAUUACACCGCCGGUGGAUAACAACACGAGUAUCGUACCGGAAACGGAAAUUGUUCCGCCGGCGCCGGAGGAGAAUUUGAGGGAGGAAGUGAGUACCAGCGGCGGUGGUGAGCCGAGGAUGUCGUUAAUGUCGUUACUGGAAGUGGAUGGAUCUAGUUAUGUGGAGGCGGAGGAGGAUGACGUGGAGGACGGAGGUGAUGACGUGGCGGAGGUGGAAAAUAAUAGUGGUGGUGGUGGUUAUAGUAAGUAUAAUAAUUGUUGUGUAUGUAUGGUGAGACAUAAAGGAGCAGCUUUUAUACCAUGUGGACAUACAUUUUGUAGACUUUGUUCAAGGGAGCUUUUUGUUAAAAGAGCUAGUUGUCCAUUGUGUAAUCACUUCAUUGUUGAGAUUCUUGAUAUCUUUUAGUCCUACUUACUUUGUAUAAAUUCAUUCAGACAAAAACUAAACAAGUUUAAAUUUCUUGUUUA